GGCCAUUUGCAAAAAAAAAAAGCCCUCUUCUUCUUCUUCCUCUUCCUCUUCCUCUUCCUCCCUCCCCUAAAACAAAUACCCACACUUAAACCCUAAUUCCCAUGGCGUCUCAUUACCAUCCCCACGACCACGACGACGACCACGAUCACCACCAUGAUCGCUCGGACGCGUCGGCGAUGUCGUGGGUCGGGGCCGAUGGUAGGGUUUACCACUCCCACGAUGGCUUGGCGCCGCACUCGCACGAGCCCAUCUACUCCCCCGGAUACUUCGAGCAGCGGGCGCCGCCGCUCCCUUCUAGAGACUUCGAGGAGCGCGCCUUCACCGUCGGCAUCGGCGGCCCCGUCGGCACCGGGAAAACGGCUUUGAUGCUGGCACUUUGCCAAGUCUUGCGUGACAAGUACAGUCUUGCUGCAGUAACUAAUGAUAUAUUUACCAAAGAGGAUGGCGAAUUCUUAGUGAAGCAUGGAGCACUUCCUGAGGAACGGAUUCGUGCUGUUGAAACAGGAGGCUGCCCGCAUGCUGCUAUACGAGAAGAUAUAAGCAUAAAUCUAGGUCCUCUUGAAGAGCUUUCUAACCUAUAUAAAGCAGACCUACUACUCUGCGAAUCUGGAGGAGAUAACUUGGCAGCCAACUUCAGCAGAGAAUUAGCCGACUACAUAAUUUAUAUCAUCGACGUCUCUGGUGGUGACAAGAUACCGAGAAAAGGUGGUCCAGGGAUAACACAGGCCGACCUUCUGGUAAUAAACAAGACGGAUCUUGCACCAGCAGUUGGAGCUGAUUUGGGGGUUAUGGAGCGGGAUGCACUGAGGAUGCGGGACGGAGGACCCUUUGUUUUUGCUCAGGUAAAGCACGGAGUGGGCGUGGAGCAAAUCGUGAACCAUAUCUUGCAAGCAUGGGAGGCGGCAACUGGGAAUAAGCGCCAUUGAACCUGAGCCCCCACAUCCUGUGUUGUACUUGAAUCUUGUGAUGUUACUUUUUCUUUUUUUCCUCAAUAAUUUUUGAAUGGUUAUCAACUGUUGGAUGCUCAAUAAUUACCUGAGAUGCAAUCUAUGAAACUAUUUUUCGUGUGCGCUGAAAUUAUACUUUUCGCUCUUUUUGCAAAAAAUAAAAUGUUGUAAAGUUGUUUGUAAGUGAAAAGUGUUUAACUUUAGGCC